AUGGGCCAGAAAGGAAGCCGGCCCUCCAGGUCAUCCACUCCGCCAAUACGUGCACCCCAAGCGCAGAACGAAGCUGCGAAGCCUGAGAUCACUGUGACCCCAGUUUCUCACACUCAGACUGACAACGCAGAUGCAAGCGAGGAAGAGGAAGAGAGGGACGAGCAAGAGAUGAAGACAAUAUGGACGCACUACUGCGCCUUCGUCGUAUAUCUGGAGUCCUACCUCGUCAACGAGCGGCCCAACACGCGGAUCGCGGCGCGGCAGAAGCUCACUCGCCUAACCCGUCCACAGUUCCACGAACUGUCCACGGACGUGUACGACGAGGUUGUGCGGAGGAAGAAUAAGGACGACGGGUCCGAUGACGAGCCUUUCCUGCCCGCGCAACACGCCUUCAACCCCAAACGCAACGACGCGCGGCAGAAGCUCGCUACGCUCCCGGCGUCUCGCUUCCAGGACUUGUCGGCGGAUGUGUAUCAUGAGCUCGUGCGGCGGUAUCCUGAGUUUAAGGGGGAGGAAUGA